CUCCCAUUUUCCAUAUACAACCACGGCCAGGUUACAACACAUCAUGCGUACUGGCGCCUAAGCAAAGGACUUGAAUUCAGAAACCGCAUAGAUCCGAUCAUCAACAAGCGCGAUUUCACCAGUCCCGACAAUCCACAGAACCACGCGCCUUGCGAAGACGCAGAUUACCGCCAUGGACGACCUUGAGAACCUCGAGUUUCUAUCGCUUGUUUCCAAGGUCACAUCGGAAAUACAAAACCACGUUGGUGUCUCCGAUAAGACACUUGCCGAGUUCGUCAUCGACCAACAUGCCGACUGCAAGGAUGUUGCCGACUUCAAGAAACAGCUCGAGGAUGUUGGCGCCGAGUUUCCACAGAGCUUGGUCGAGAGCAUCGAUCGCCUUAUUCUGACUCUGCAUCCCAAAUAUAAGAACAAAGGCGCAGGUGGAAAGCAGGGAGGCGCAAAUGCAGAAGACGACGGAGAUGCAACAAGUCGCAAAACGCGUGUCUUCAAAGGGUUGGCCAUUCCCGACAGGGAAGUGGAAUACGAUGCGGCAGAUGAGGAGCCGAUGAAUGAUGCGUCCCAGGCCGAUGCGCUGGACGACACCUUUGCCAUGCUGGAAGGACUGGCAGGGAAGGCACCAGGCAAGCCCAAGGAGCGGUCGCGCAAGAGGAGCAUGAGCCCAUACGACAGCGGCGACGAUACCAGUAAGAGCAAACGACACAGGCGGAGGGACACAUCGCACUCUCGCUCGCCAUCCAGGAGUCCGCGGCGGGGGCGACAACGGGAGCAGAAUGACGAGUUGGUUUUUGAAGACGAAUUUGGCCGUACACGAACCGUCAAGCCCAGUAAUAAGCAGCGAAGCCGCAAAAAGUAUCGCGACGAAGAUAUUGAAGAGUUCCGACGGCAGCCCACUCCCGAGCUCGACGACGAGCCAGUGCUGUACAAGAUUUACGACGGCAAGGUCACGGGUGUCAAGGAUUUUGGCUGCUUUGUUAAUCUACAAGGUGUGAAAGGCAAGGUCGACGGACUUGUCCAUGUCACCCAGAUGAUGGAGGGGCGAGUCAACCAUCCAUCAGAUCUUGUGUCGAGAUGGCAGGAGGUCAAGGUUAAAGUUAUCAAGAUGGAAAACGGCAGGAUAUCGCUCUCGAUGAAAGAGGUGGAUCAGCGGACAGGCCGUGAUCUUGCACCAGGAAAGCGUAUAGCAUCAUUUGGAACCGGCGCGAACUCGCAAGGUCUUGGGGGCAUUCCAGGAGUUGAUAGCUCUGUGCCUGUUGUUGAGGAUGGCUACAACAGCCGUAGAAAUGGCAUGCGGAAACGUAUGACUUCGCCAGAGCGAUGGGAGAUCAAACAACUCAUCGCCUCUGGUGUAAUCCCCAAAUCCGACUACCCCGAUAUUGAUGAGGACUUUAACGCUCAUAUCAACGGCGAGGGCGGUUUCGAAGAGGAAGAGGAUGUUGACAUUGAAGUCCGUGAAGAGGAGCCACCCUUUUUGGCCGGUCAGACCAAGCAAUCACUGGAGCUUUCGCCAAUUCGUGUUGUCAAAGCACCUGAUGGCUCGCUCAACCGUGCCGCAAUGGCCGGAGACACACUGGCCAAGGAACGCCGUGAUCUUAAACAACAAGAAGCACAGGAGAAGGCUGCAAAAGAAGCGGCAAACGUGGACUUGAGCAGUCAGUGGAAUGAUCCCAUGGCCCAGCAACGGCAGUUUGCAAGCGAUCUCCGCAACACUCGAACGAACGAACCCAGUCAAGCACUGCCAGAAUGGAAAAAAAUCUCCACAAACAGCAGGGAGACCUCUUUUGGCAAGCGUACCAACAUGAGCAUCAAAGAACAGCGGGAGUCGCUGCCUGUAUUCAAAUUCAGGAAGCAACUUCUCGAGGCUGUUGCAGCCCAUCAAAUCUUGAUUGUAGUUGGUGAUACUGGAUCUGGAAAAACAACACAGAUGACGCAGUAUUUGGCCGAAGCCGGUUAUGCUAACGAGCUUGUUAUUGGUUGCACUCAGCCCAGGCGUGUAGCAGCUAUGAGCGUCGCCAAACGUGUUGCUGAGGAAGUUGGCUGCACUCUAGGGAACGAGGUUGGUUACACGAUUCGAUUUGAAGACAAGACUUCACCGGAUACGCGUAUCAAAUACAUGACGGACGGUAUCCUGCAGCGUGAGAUUCUCUUGGACCCCAUGUUGUCCAAGUAUAGCUGUAUCAUGCUCGAUGAGGCCCACGAACGUACGAUUGCCACGGAUGUACUGUUUGGUUUACUGAAAAAGACGCUCAAGCGACGACCUGACAUGAAACUCAUCGUUACCAGUGCUACCCUAGAUGCCGACAAGUUCUCGGAGUACUUUUAUAAGUGUCCCAUCUUUUCAAUCCCAGGCCGCACGUUCCCUGUCGAGGUCAUGUACAGCCGGGAGCCUGAGUCUGAUUACCUUGACGCAGCAUUGGUUACAGUCAUGCAGAUCCAUUUGACAGAACCAGCAGGUGACAUCUUGCUCUUCUUGACAGGAAAAGAAGAAAUCGACUCUUCUUGCGAGAUUAUAUCUGAGCGCAUGAAGGCCUUGGGACCGAACGUGCCAGAGUUGAUGAUUCUACCCAUCUACGGUGCCCUGCCAUCUGAAGUGGCGUCUCGCAUCUUUGAGCCCGCGCCCGCAGGCAGUCGAAAAUGUGUCAUUGCUACCAAUAUUGCUGAAACCAGUUUGACUAUUGACGGCAUCUACUAUGUUGUAGACCCGGGUUUCGUCAAGCAAAGUUCUUAUGACGGAAAGCUAGGCAUGGACCGUUUGCAGAUUACGCCUAUUUCCCAGGCUCAGGCUCGCCAAAGAAGUGGCAGAGCAGGAAGAACAGGACCUGGAAAAUGUUUCCGUCUGUACACCGAAGCAGCAUUCCAGAACGAGAUGCUGCCGACAACUAUCCCAGAGAUUCAACGUCAGAACUUGUCAAACACGAUUCUCAUGUUGAAGGCUAUGGGCAUUAAUGAUCUGUUGCAUUUUGAUUUCAUGGAUCCACCACCGACCAACACCAUGUUGACAGCUCUGGAAGAGCUGUAUCAGCUGGGCGCAUUGGACGACGAAGGGUUGCUCACGCGUCUUGGUCGGCAAAUGGCGGAUUUCCCCAUGGACCCUUCUCUCUCCAAGUCACUGAUCAAGUCAGUCGAGCUCCAGUGCUCAGACGAGAUUCUCACAAUCGUGGCUAUGAUUAGCGCCACUCAGAACGUUUUCCAUCGUCCUCGAGACAAGCAGCAGCAAGCAGACCAGAAGAAGCAGAAGUUCAACGAUCCAUCUGGCGACCACAUUACCCUUCUCAACGUCUACAAUGGCUGGAAACAGGGCGGCUUCAGUACACCAUGGUGCCACGAAAACUUUGUCAUGCCCAAGAAUAUGCAACGCGUACGCGACGUACGAAACCAGUUGCUGCAGAUCAUGGCACGACACAAGCAUCAGGUCGUGUCUUGUGGUCGGAAUACCAUCAAAGUUCGGCAGGCACUCUGCUCAGGUUUCUUCCGCAAUUCAGCACGCAAGGAUCCUGCCGAGGGCUACAAGACGCUUGUCGAGGGUACACCUGUGUACCUGCACCCUUCUUCGUCGCUCUUUGGUAAGCCUGCAGAGCAUGUCAUAUAUCAUUCGCUUGUCGAGACUACCAAAGAGUACAUGCACUUUUGCAGUGCCAUUGAACCGAAGUGGCUAGUGGAAGCUGCACCUACUUUCUUCAAGGUUGCGCCGACGGACCGCUUGAGCAAGAGGAAGAAGGCGGAGAGGAUACAGCCGCUACACAACAAGUUUGCAGGCGAAGACGAUUGGAGACUGAGUGCCCAGCGAAAGGCAGGAAGAGGCGGUGGUGGUACUUGGGGCUGAUUCCAUGCACGUUGGGCAAAAAAGUUGCUUCUUGGCAUAUAUGUGAUACCUUUAAAAUAUAAUGUACAGCUGGUUCUGGCCGGUCAUUGCUUG